AUAAUCUCUAUGGAACAUCUAACUCUAACCAAACAUAUUGUUUUUGUUAUAUAAUAUUUUUUGUAUCAUAUUUCGUAUAACGAAUAUGUAUGGAAGGAUUUUAAUAAACGCAUUUUCCCCCCGACAUGGACCAAGAUCCUUCUACGUGGGAGUCGUCAACCGAAUGAUCGAUAUUCCGCCAGAGAAGUCCCAUGAGCCACAGAUACCAGCGUACAAAAGUAAAACCGGCGAAUCAUUGGAAAUUAAACGUGCACGGCUGCUGUACCAGUCUCGCAAGCGCGGCAUGCUGGAGAACGGCCUGCUGCUGAGCACGUUCGCGGCGAGGCACCUGGCGGGGAUGACCGAGGCGCAGGCGGACCAGUACGACCGGCUCAUCAACCUGCCGUCCAACGACUGGGACAUCUACCACUGGGCGUGCGGCACCAAGCCCACGCCGCCGCAGUUCGACAACGAGGUCAUGGACCGGCUCAAGAGGCACACACGCAACAGGGAGCGCGAGGUUCGCCUCAGGCAGCCGGACCUCCACUAGCUCUACUAGGGCCGUCGCCGCAGCCUCUCGUAGUUCCUUACUGAUUAUACAAGUAUUCAAUUAUCGAAAAGUUUUCUAAAAAUGAAUCCUAGCUAGAUCGAUUUAUCGCCCCCGAAACCCCCUGCAUACUAAAUUUCAUGAAAAUCGUUGGAGCCGUUUCCGAGAUUCAUAUAUAUAUAUAGUGUGUAUAUAUAGUGUAUAUAUAUAUUGUAUAUAUAUAUAGUGUAUAUAUAUAGAGUAUAUAUAGUAUAUAUAUAGAGAGAAGGAGAGAGAGAGCUCAUUUAAAGAUAUUAAAGCAGUUAGUUGCUCCAAAUUAAAAAAAAAAAAAUGGUAUUAUUACUCGCCAAUAGAUGUCAGGAAGAGUCAUUUAUGUUCAAGUUAAUUAUCGAUAAAGUUGAUUUGUACUAGUGAUGGGCCAAAAAAAUCCCAAUUUUCUCGAAUUUAAAUCCCAAAGAGUUCUCUGACUGUACCCCCUCGAAUCCGAAUCUAGACCUCAAAUGUUCCAAAAUAAAAUAAUGCACAAGAAAUGAAAAAUACUUACUAGGGUUUUGAAGCAUUCAACCCUUUAAAUGUUAUUUUUUUUUUUUUACUUAAGUUUCCAGAAUCAAUGCAUAUGUAAUUUUAUGUAUAUAAUUUCAUGUUAAAAGGGGUAUUUAUGUAAUUACAUGUUAACAGGGUAGAUAUGAAAUAAAAGAAAAUGACCUAUUAUACUUCAGAAGUU